CCACGCCGCGCCGCCUAUAAGCCGGACACCCGCGAGCGCACUCUCGCCACUCGCGAGCAUUCUAGUGCCGUCCUGACACUGCCCUGCCGGUGCGCUGCUCGCGUGUCUGCGUCGCGCGCGCUCCCGGCCAUGUCCGCCACGGUCACCGCGACGCCGCGCCACACCCGGCCUUCGCCGCUCAACCCCAACGCGAGGGCCGCGGCGGCGCCGAGCGCCGUCUCCACCAGGACGCACCUCGCCAACCUGGACCGCCUCCUCGUCCGGCCGCCGCCGCUCCCUCUCCCACUGCAGCGCGAGCGGCUACCGGGUGACGACAUCCACGACGACGGCGCCGCCACCCCGGAUGACCGGAGCGCCCGGGGCGGGCUGCUCAACGCGCUCAACCUGUCCACGUUCCUGCCCUUCACCCGCAAGCCGGCCGUCGACGAGAUGUCCCCGCGCAGCCUCGCGCACCUGCAGCGCCUCCUCACGCUCUCGCCGCGGCCGUCGCCGAAGGGCUCCAUCGCCGACGAGUGGCGGAGGUACCACGGCGAGGGCGGUUGGGACGGGCUGCUCGACCCGCUCGACCAGAACCUCCGCCGCGAGGUCCUCCGCUACGGCGACUUCGUGCAGGCCGCGUACACCGCGUUCCACUCCAUGCCGUCGUCUUCGUCGGCGUCGCAGUGCAGCCAGCACCGGACGCUCGUGCUCCCCGACCGGUCGUACCGGCCGACGCGCAGCCUGUUCGCCACGUCGUCACUGUCCAUCCCGCCGUGGGCGCAGCGGCGGUCGGCGCCCAGGUGGCUCACGCAGCGCUCCAGCUUCGUCGGCUACGUCGCCGUCUGCGACAACGAGCGCGAGGUGCAGCGCAUGGGCCGCCGGGACAUCGCCAUCGUGCUGCGCGGCACGGCGACGUGCCCCGAGUGGGCCGAGAACCUCCGCGCCGGACUCGUGCCGGUGGACGACGGCGAUGGCAGGUCGCCACAGAACGUGCCGAAGGUGGCGAAGGGGUUCUUGAGCCUGUACAAGACGGCAGGCGACCACGUGCCCAGCCUCUCGGACGCCAUAGUCGACGAGGUGAGGCGUCUCUUGGAGGUAUACAAGGGGGAGGAGAUCAGCAUCACGGUGGUGGGUCACAGCCUCGGAGCGUCGCUGGCCGUCCUCGCCGCCGACGAGCUCAGCGCUUGCCUGGCCGCGGACGCGGACGCGGACAGCGACGAGACGGAUCAUCGUCGGCGGCCACCGCCUAUCGCCGUGGUGUCCUUCGGCGGCCCGAAGACCGGCAACCGCGCGUUCGCGGACCGGCUGCAGCACGAGCGCGGCGUCAACGUGCUCCGCGUUGUGAACGCCGGCGACGUGGUGACGCGCGUGCCGGGCGCGCCGCCGGCGAUCGCGCGGGAGGGGCACGUGCACGCGGGCGCGGAGCUGAGGCUGGACAGCCGGGACUCCCCGUGCCUGCGCCCCGACGCCGGGCCGGCGUGCUGCCACGACCUGGAGGCGUACCUCCACCUGCUCGACGGCUUCGCCGGCUCCGGCCGGCCGUUCCGCGCCGACGCGAGCCGCAGCGUGGCGCGUCUGCUGACCUACCAGCGCCCCAACGUGAAGCGCGCCUACGUGGAGCGCGCCAGGGUCCUCGGGUUCGAGCCGGCCACGCCGCGAACCGCCACUGCCAACGUCGCCGGCGGCGGAGCGGAGGGGCAGUACGGCUACUUGGCUAGCCCCACGUGACCAAACAUACGUUGGUCGCACCGUACUACUGUAGCAUGCAUGCAUUGUCGUGUACUAGUACAUAACUUUUGGUAUUUAAUAACUCGUAAUUCAGAUGUAUCCGCACGUGUUUAUUGAUGAGCUACAGUAUCUCAUCGGAUCAGGCUACUGCGAGAUAUAUCGUAAAAAUACUUUAGGCAAUAAAAAUAACACUAAAAAUUAAAGCAAGAUUAGUAUUCUGAUACUGAUAAUACCAACGCACUAAUUUGUGCAUCCAACUUUACUUUUUUUAAAAAAAAAUUGGGAGAAAUAUUAUGUUGCUGUUUGGUGCCUUCGCAUCGUGCAGAAGAUGGCUUUUGUAAUUCAUGGUCGAGUCAACGAGGAACUUGUUGUUCCUGAAAAAGAAAAACGGAGGAACUUGUUAAUGUAGUCGUGAUAUGGAUCUAUGAUGCAUAUAGUUUUGGUGUGCAUUACUUGUAGCAAAUU